AGCGGGAUCCCUUUAUUAAAACUGAAUAUAUCUGCAAAUUACUUGGGAUGCCUAUUUCUACACGCACUGUUGUACGCAUGUUAAAAGAAUCUGGCUAAACUACGCUAUGAAUGGGCAUACGUGCGCAAGGAUUGGACAUAUGAGCCAGUGGAGCAAGAUUAUAUGGAGUGAUGAAUGCUCUGUUGAGCUUGGCAAAGGGAAGAAGAAUCAAUGGGUAUGGCGGCUCAACUACUUCAAUGAAAAAUGGGGGGGGGGGAAGCAUAUAAUCCCAUACACCAAAGACAAAGGAAUAUCUAUCAUGAUUUGGGCAGCAAUCUGGGGUGGUUGCCACACUGAAAUUUAUCGAAUGAUUCGGGAUAAGGAAUCUGCUCGAAGAGAGUAUUCUUCAGUCCUAUUUGAAACUUAUUGAAGAUUAUCUACUUGCUAUAUGGGAAUCUAGUAUGGAAUUCAUGCAAGAUAAUGCUCCCAUACAUACAACCAAUAUUAUUAAGAAUUGGUUUGAUGAG